GUCUAAACAAAAGAGCGCUGCUAAUCCUCCACUUUAGCUGAACAACUGAGCUUUUCCAUGGACUCCCAUCUGGAAAACAUACCCAAGAUUCACCAGUAAAUAGAUCGAAAUUGGUUAUUUGUCAACCAAUAUAAGUCAUACUCUUCUGACUUUGAUCUGUCAUAAAUAAAAAGCAAUGGAUUUUCCAUUAGAGUGACUAAGAAGGCAGAUAUGUUUCUUCCCAACUCUCUCCGAUAAGAGCUGUUUGCCUGCUGAUGUUGACUGACUGGCUAUGCAGUUCCAGCUGUCUAUUUCCUCGUGGCUGUACACUUCAGGGUCUUACGGGACAAUGGAUAAUACCUACAUAUCUAAACAGAAUGGAGGACACUCACAUCUCAGCAGGCUUUUGUUGCUGCUGUUUGUGGCAGGCCUUCAGACAGUACUGUCUACAGAUGGAGAGACCCCUGAACUAGAUGAUGAUGAUAUAGAGGAUCAGAAAUUCAACUGUACAAUUUUCGGUCCGGAUUAUGUGACUGUGGGUGUGCCGAGCAGCAUCGAAUGUGCUGCCAACUGCCCCGAAUGUACCUAUUCUAUGUCUUUGGACGGACAGAGCGCCCAGGGUCAGGGCAAUGUGUUAGCCUUCACUGUUAACAGUUGGGCGGAGGCCUUAACAGUGACAUGUACAGCCACAGAUGACGAAACAAAGCUGACUGCCACAACUACAAAGAAACUGCAAGUGUUAGCUGGACCUGCCAACGUUUCCAUCACAGGCCCUGAGUUGAUGAAUCCGGCAGUGAGCCACACCUACAGCUGUCACGCCUACUGUCGGCCAUCUUGUACCUAUGCCUGGAAGAUAGAUAAAGGUCCAUGGAUUAGUGGUCAAGGGAAUGUUAUUUCGGUCACUCCUCGAGAGAUGGACAACUCUAAAAUCCUCAUCUGCAAAGCCACCAACAGUGUGUCCGGGCUGUUUGUCGCCGCUACUCGAAACAUAGCUGUGAUAUCUGGUCCAUCAGAGAUUCAGAUCAAAGGCGCUGAUGUAAUAGAAAUGUCCAAAAAGUACAAGUUUGUGUGUACUGCUGAAUGUCUGCCCUCUUGUCGCUACGUGUCGUCUGUGGACAGUCAGACUGUGAGGGGCAAUGUGAUUGAGAUGACAGUGGAUCAUCCAUUUAAAUCUGUCACCCUCAAGUGUGAGGCCCAAAACACUGCUUCGAGGAAGACAGCAACAGCCUCAAAAACUAUACAAAUAACAGGGUCAGAUCGCAGCCUGUCCACUCGUCCUGGAGAGACUUCAGCUGUGCUGCUGCUGGCCUUCAUCGUUUCUGCUGCAUUCACACUGUGAUCCCACUGCAAACAGGUCUUUCUACAUCCUGUGAAUGACUCUGUGAUGAAGAAAGGUGGUUGAAUUAUGGAGAACUAAUGACUCAUGUACCUGUGAUCUCACACUGCAUAUUAUUCCUUUCCAACAGUCUGUAUGUUGACAGUGGGUUGAACCCUGUUUGCACUUUCUAGCGAGAGACGCAGAGAAGCAAUUGAAGCAGCAGGGAGUGUGCACAUGUAAUGUCAGAAUUUGUUGACUUGUUAGGAUAUUUGUACGAUUCUUCUGCAUUGAUACAUCUGAAAUAUUAAACAUUUUAUGCCUGUAGAUAAAUAAAACGCACUGAUGACUUUUA